CGUUAUUGUAAGCCCUAAAAUGUUCACGGCGACAUUAUAUGCUUGUGCUCUCAGGAGUUCUACUUCCAUUCUCACUAUCCGCGGAAACGCAACACACAAACAGUAAGGAAGUUCAAUUCUUUCUUUCUCUUUCUGGCAAUACCUUCCCUUGCUCGUCUUCUGAUAUGUCGUCUUUCAUAGCAAGCUGGUUGACACCAACCUCUCUUUUCCUCCUCCUCAACAUCAUGAUCGGCACCAUCUUCCUUAUCUCCCGUCUCUCCCCUCCCAAAAGGCCACAUCACCAGCAAUUUGGAGACGGCGACUACAACUCAGCCCCGCCACCACUCGAGCGAUCUCCGUCAUUCCUCGACCGAGUCAGGUCGAUUAACUUUUCAACGUACAAAUUUCCUCUUCCAAAUUACCAAGACAUGGACCAUCAUCUCCCACCUGACAACUUAGCUGCCCAUCCGCUUGAGCGAGCCCCUUCAAUUCUCGAACGAGUCAAGUCCAUCAACUUCUCCCUUUACAAAUACUCUCCUCAAGAUCCAGACAGGGAGUAUAUUGAGCCAACGGAACACGAACACAAUAACUCACAACCCCUCAGCCGAGCACCGUCUCUCUUAGAGCGAGUCAAGUCCAUAGAUUUCACGUCCUUUUACAGAUCCAACUCCUUUAAAGCAAACCCAGAAAAGGAACUCCCUGCAAGUGAAGAACCCGAUUCGGACACGGAUAUGAGUCCAGUUCGUGGUCAAGUAAAUAGAAGCAAAUCGGAGUCUAAGGUAAAACAAAGAAGAUUUCCAGAGAAGUUGAAGAAAUCAGAAAGUGAGAAUUCAAGACUCAAGGCGGAAAAGAGGGAGGAGGAGGAGGAGGAGGAGGAAGAAGAAGAAGUGGAGAGAAGACGACCAGCAACUACUAGGAUCGAGAAAACGGUAUCGUUUGGAGAUGAUGAUCGAGGUGUCGAUGCAAAAGCUGAUGAUUUCAUCAACAAGUUUAAGCAGCAACUUAAGUUGCAGAGGUUGGAUUCUCUGUUGCGUUACAGGGAUAUGCUUAAGGGCAAGUAAUGUAAGAAUUUCCUUUUUGUUUUUGUUAAGGUUUCGAAAUUAACAUAGGAUUCCGUGUGGCUUUACGGUCGCUUUUUCCCACUGUUUAAUUAGUGCAAGGUGGGGAGCUGAUUUUCAUAAUGUACGAGGGGUGUUUUCGUAAUUUUUCCAGCUUAAACGCUUAGUUUAUGAUCCAGUUUCCUCCGACCGGUGAGCGGCAAGUGAACAGUGGGGAAGAAGAGCUGAGCAGUGGGCAAAAAGAAUGAAAUUCGAAUGACCGAAAUUGCCCCCUUGGUUUCGAGUAAAUUUGGUCUGCAAAAUGAUGGGGUUUUCUGUUCUAUAAAAGUAAUUUCAAUUAGUAGUUUGCAUGUGAAGAGUCUGUAGCUUUUAAUGAACUGUUUUAAGUCAUAUUUAUCA